AUGGAAUACUUUGAGCUCGGAGACCUCCAGCAGUACAUCGACACCCCUCUAAAAGAAUCCGAAGGGAGAGAAAUCACAGAUCAGAUCCUCGAAGGAUUGGCGUUUAUGCACGAAAAUGGGUUCAUCCACCGUGAUCUGAAACCUGCCAACAUUAUGGUGGUCGACAAGAGCCCGGAGUGGUUCGUCAAGAUUGCGGACUUUGGCAUCAGCAAACGACGGCAUCACGAUACCUCGCUUCUCACGAUGCAGCGUGGGACACUUGGUUUCGCAGCACCCGAGGUUAUUGGAUCAACCUCAGACCAAUCAUACACAUACUCAGCCGACAUGUGGUCGUUGGGCGCCAUGGUGUAUCGCAUUCUCACAAGCAAGAUGGCAUUCGAUUCCAUAGGAGACCUGUUCAAGUAUGUUCGCGACGAGAUCGAAUUUCCGGUUGGUCCGUUCGAAUUGUGCAACAUCUCUCAAAGGAGCCAAGACUUUGUUCUCAUGCUCAUGGAACCGUGUCCUGGGUCUCGAGGCUCCGCAGCCUCAGCUAGGAACCAUCAUUGGUUGAUUGAACCUCUUGCUCCCACCAAUGGAGAAGACUUCUAUCGGCUUGAGGCUGAUAACACCGAGAUGGUUAGGAAUACAGACCUAUCCGUGCCCUCAAAGGCUUGGAGUAGCGAUGAAGAACCCAGCCUCUUUCCAUCUCGCAAAGUCAAGGCAUCACUUAACACUUUAUUCUCGGCUCGGUAUCCUGCAUUACAGCCUACCUCAAUAGACCCAACCAUGAGUCCCUCGCAGGAGAAAGGGCACUCCUCAAACGCCCUUCCCCCUGAGCCCGACUCUACAGUAAAGCCUGAGAUCAUGAAUGGUUCAGACACUCGCUCUAAGGGGCCAGCAAACAACAAACCAGCACGCUCUUCCUUGAAGUCUUAUCCCUCUUUUGAGAGACCGGCCUGGCGGUCAAGCCAUUACACGGACGAAGAUGAAUACUCAGAAUCGGAUGUAUACACAGAUGACGAGAACUCGGUUUCUAGCAUCUAUCCCAGCUCCUCCGCAUCCAUACCGGCAAAUCAUCAGUCAAAGUCAAGAUAA